AUGUUAGUUACUAAAGUCAUUGAAAGGAGUAUUGUUUCAGCUCACCCAGCCGAUAGUCCUUUCUUACCUUCUAGCGACCAAUGUGGUAUAGAAUCUUCAGAUAGAGUACUUGGAGGAGAGGUAGCUGGUUUGUCCGAAUUCCCAUGGAUGGUCCUUGUCGAAUAUCAGAAAGAUAAUGGACAACGUGGAUUUUACUGUGGUGGAGUGUUGAUAAGUUCGAAAUACAUACUGACUGCAGCUCAUUGCAUCAAAGGAAAAGAUCUUCCGAGAUCUUGGAAACUGGUUAGUGUACGUCUAGGAGAAUUCAACACUGAGAACGACACAGACUGUGUUCACAUUGGUAAUCGUAAGAAGCCAGUUUGUGCUCCACCUCCACUAAAUAUUCCAGUAGAAGAAACCAUCGCUCAUGAGAGUUACAAUCCAUACGAUGUCAAUCAGUACCAUGACAUUGGUCUGCUUAGGCUUGCCAGAGAAGUCACUAUGUCAGCAUUUGUGAAACCCAUUUGUCUUCCAAAAUCUUCAUUCGAUCAGGCAAUAGAGUUCUCUGGUAAAAAUCUGACAGUUGCUGGUUGGGGUAGCACUGGGGAAAAGAUGGAAAGUCCUGUGAAAAUGAAAUUAGUGGUGAUCAACCUGAACGUCGGUCAGCUUUGCGCAGGCGGCGUCAAAAACAAGGAUUCCUGCCGAGGUGACAGCGGCGGCCCUCUGAUGAGUCUAUACGCGGACGAAAUGGGGGAGAUAAACUGGUACUCGAUCGGCGUGGUCUCCUUCGGACCGUCUCCGUGCGGAAUGGAGAAUUGGCCGGGAGUGUACACCAAGGUCGCCAACUACGUGCCCUGGAUCGUUUCGAAGUUGAGAGGGCAAAAUAAAGGUGUUUUUAAUAUUUUAGAUGCACAGGAGUUAUGUUUGACACCUGUAAACUCUAGAGGAGACUGUAAAUCGAUAGAAGCUUGCCCAAGGCUGUACAAAAUGCUCACACACAGACCUAUUACCAGACAAGAUGCUAACUAUCUCAGGGAUUCCAUGUGUGGUUUCGAAGGCAGAUUACCUAAAGUAUGCUGCCCUUUUGAUGAGCCUGAAGUAACAACAACAAGAAGACCAUACGAAUUUGAUAAUGGCUCUUCUUUAGGUGUGGAUCUUCUACCCUCUAAAGUCAUUUGUGGCUUCAAUGUUCCUGAUAGAAUAUAUGGUGGCAAAGAGGCUGAUCUCAAUGAAUUUCCUUGGAUGGCCCUUAUACAGUAUCAAAGAGAGAAUGGCAGACGUGGAUUCUAUUGUGGAGGCGUUCUAAUCAAUUCUAGAUAUGUACUCACUGCUGCCCAUUGUGUAAAAGGAAAAGAUAUUCCUCGUUCAUGGAAAAUUGUGGGGGUUCGUCUUGGCGAAUACGAUACUGAAUCUGACAUAGAUUGUAAAGACAAUGGCCUGACAAUGGCCAGGCAAUGUGCUCCACCUCCUGUAGAUGUCCCUGUAGAAGAAAGGAUUGCGCAUGAACAGUACGAUCCGUACAAUUCGAAUCAGUAUAACGACAUUGCAUUAUUGAGACUGAGUAGAGAUGUAAAAUUCACAGAUUAUGUUCGCCCUGUUUGCCUUCCAAGGACUGCUUCAGACAGAAGGAAAUCGUUCGUAGGUAAAACGUUGACAGUUGCAGGUUGGGGAAAAACUGAAAAGAGAUCAGAGAGUUCUGUGAAAUUAAAACUGGAUAUUCCCGUUAGGAGCAACCAAGAAUGCGGCGAAAUCUACGAAAGCGCAGGGGUGACGCUCAACGGCGGCCAACUCUGCGCUGGGGGUGAGAAGGGCAAAGACUCCUGCAGGGGCGACAGCGGAGGCCCGCUCAUGACCCUCUACGAGGACGAGAACGGAGAGAUAAACUGGUACUCGAUUGGCGUGGUCUCGUUCGGACCGUCGCCCUGUGGAAUGGAGAAUUGGCCGGGGGUUUACACCAAGGUUGCUGAUUUCGUGCCGUGGAUCAUCAGCAAGUUGAGAUUGUAGGAGUGAAAUAAUAAGUGCCCAAAUUUUGGUCUCCAUUCCUUUUAUUAUUGUUUUUUUGGAUUUUGAUUUUCCAUUCGAUGAUAUACUGUGUGUCAGUUGGCCCGAGGAAAUAUAAAUUAAGAGAUUUUUC